CCUCUACAAGUUCCAGCGCAGCCGCAAGGCAAAGCUCCUCCGAUUUCUUCUUUUAACGCAAGAAAGAAAAGGGGGAGACUAGAAAUCGGAGCGUGAGAAGAGAACGCCUCACUCGAUCCAUCGCCUCGCCGCAGCACACACGCACGACGCCGGCGGCGCCAUGGCCAUGAAGGUGGACAUGUCCGCGCUCGAGACCAACUUCGCCAACAUGACUUUCCCCGCCAGCGACGACACGUACUUCUCCGCCGGCGCCCCUGACGUGCCGUCCAUGGUGCUCCCCACCUGCGACGACUUCGACGGGUUCCAGGCGGACACCAAGGCCAUGGUGAAGAAUAAGAAGGGGACGACCACGCUCGCCUUCAUCUUCGACAAGGGCGUCAUCGUCGCCGCUGAUUCCAGGGCCAGCAUGGGCGGUUAUAUAUCCUCACAAACCGUGAGGAAAAUUAUUGAAAUAAAUCCUUACAUGCUGGGGACAAUGGCUGGAGGCGCUGCUGAUUGCCAAUUCUGGCAUAGGAACCUAGGAAACAAGUGUCGCCUCCAUGAGCUUUCAAACAAGCGAAGGAUCUCUAUAGCUGGUGCUUCCAAACUGUUGGCUAACAUCCUUUAUUCAUAUCGUGGGAUGGGACUGUCGAUUGGUACAAUGAUUGCUGGAUGGGAUGAGAAGGGCCCUGGCUUGUACUAUGUUGACAGUGAGGGUGCAAGGCUUGUGGGAAACAAGUUCUCUGUUGGCUCUGGUUCCCUCUAUGCUUAUGGUGUUUUGGACGACGGUUACCGCUUCAACAUGUCAGUUGAGGAAGCUGCCGAAUUAGCGCGACGGGCUAUUUAUGGGGCAACCUUCCGUGAUGCAGCAAGUGGUGGUUGUGUUAGUGUUUAUCAUGUUGGCCCUGAUGGUUGGACAAAGCUUUCUGGGGAUGAUGUUGGGGAGCUGCACUACCACUACUACCCGGUUCAGAAAACUCCGGUUGAACAGGAAAUGACUGAUGCGCCUACUGCUUCUGCUUAAACCUGUUGUUGAGAAAAACCCUGAGUGAAGGCGCAUGUAUCCAUGAACCAUGAAUUGUAGAAGCGCCAUGUUUAUGAACGAACUUGGACAUGUUUGUCUCACAAUGUUAGAUCACUCGUUCUGUUAUUUGAUUGAUGUCUCUGAGUAACUUUGGGCAAUCGUUGAAAUCUUGACCUGUGGAUAUAGAUGACGCUUUUGAGAUUUU